CCGCAUUCCCAUGCCCAAACAAUACACUACAGGUGAGAGUCCAGCUACUGACAAAGGACCAGAAUGAGUCUGAGAUGAGUUAGCACAAAAGCGCUCUUCAGGGUCGGAGGAAGGAGGCGGAGCGGCUGCCAAGGGAAUCUCAAUAAACCCUCUAGGGGCCCGCUCCGUAGUUGUCAGCCACCACUGAAUGUGCCACGAGGGACCAAAGGCACCGAAACGGAAGCGGCAGUGCCUUCCAGGGGCUUCUGGGAACCGUAGUUCAAUGGUCGGCUAAGCCAGCGCUUCCUUCCGGUCUGGAAACUGGUUUCCUUUGUGGGUCCUGGACUAGCACAGGGCGGUUGUAUUUACUACUCGUGGUCCAACAGCUGAGUGAAGGAAGCCGGUUUGUGGUGUGUGUGUCUCGAGCCGAGGAGGGCUCUGUGGCUGGACAGGGGCGGCCUUGUGAAGCGGAGGGGGCUGGGGACCAGAGACCGGGAGAAAGCCCUCUUCCCUCCUUGGGCAUGAAUGGACCGGCUUGACCCCGCUUUCCCUUCCCAGCCGCGGAGUGCCGAGUGCUUCCCUUUCCCUCUGACGUUCCUUCUUACGCAGUUAUCUCUGCAUGACCGAAGGCGAUGGACGGUUCCUGUUCUGGGUCCUUCGUGAGAGUCUCUAGGGUUAGCUGGUUCGCUGUUGGAGAAACAGACAGUCCGAUUGUCAAGCUGAAGGGAUGUUAGCUCCCAGAUGAAGAAUCCACAGCGGUGAGUCCGGCUGUUAAGUCCGGCUGUUAAGAAUGAAGACAGAGAAGUCUCCUGGCAUGUAGGGAAUCUCCCUAAGAAGAAACCCAAACUUCGGCCUGAUCGCAGAGCUUCAGGGAAGAGUCUGCAGUCACUUCUGACACUGAUGGAUUUGGAAGGAUUCCUGUGAGAGGAAAGGUCAGGAUUUGGGUGACAACACCUGAGAACAUGGAACAGUGGAUGGCCAUGGAGCAUUUAACUCAGAUUCUUGAGGGAAAAGCUCUAUCUUCUCAGGACCCUGGCUUUUCUCAAGAGGGGAAUCCAGAAGAGGAGCAAAUGACAAUUCUUUUCCUGAAAGCCAAGUCCCAGGAAUCAGUGGCCUUCAAAGAUGUAGCUGUGGACUUCACCCAGGAGGAGUGGGGGCAACUGGAUCCUGCUCAGAGGGACUUAUACAGGGAUGUGAUGCUGGAGAACUAUGGAAACCUGGUCUCACUAGGGUUUCCAGUUUCUAAGCCAUAUGUGAUCUCCCAGCUAGAACAAGGGGAAGAACCCUGGGUAGUGGAAAGAGAAGUCUCAAGAGGUAUCUGCCUAGACUUGGGAACCAGGAUUGAAAUCAAGGAAACUGCAAAGCAGGAUGUCUCUGAAGGAGGAUUGUCUCAGGGAAUGAUCAUACAAAGAUUCACAAGAGAUAAUCUUUGGAAUUCUAAAUCAAGUGAUUCCUGGGAACAUGAAAGUUGGUUACAGGGGCAGCAAAGAAGCCAGGAAACACAUUUAAGGGAAGUGGCAGUUAACCACAAACAAUCUCCAAUCUGGGAAAAAGACCAUGGGCAUAAUGACCUUGGAAAAAGUUUCGAUUUAAGUUCCAUCUUUGUUGCACAACACAAAGUUCCUGUGGAAGAAAAAUCCUAUAAAUAUGAUGCAAAUAGAAAUAACUUCCGACAAAAUCCACUAACAAUUGACCAUCAGAGAAUUGAUUUGCGGAACAAACCUUGUAAAUGUAAUGAAUGUGGAAAAGCCUUUCGUUAUCACUCAGAACUUACCCGACAUAGGAGAACUCAUACUGGAGAGAAACCCUAUGAAUGUAAUGAGUGUGGGAGAGGCUUCAGUCAGAGCUCAUCCCUUACUCUACAUCUGAGAUUUCACACUGGAGAGAAACCCCAUAAAUGUAAUGAAUGUGGGAAAGCAUUCAGGCACACCUCAUCCCUUGUCAAACAUCAGAGAAGUCAUACUGGAGAAAAACCUUACGAGUGCAAUGAGUGUGGAAAGGCCUUCAGCCGGAGUACACACCUUACUGAACAUCAGAGAAUCCAUACUGGAGAGAAACCUUAUAAAUGUAAUGAAUGUGGAAAAACCUUCAGCCGGAGUACACAUCUUACUGAACAUCAGACAAUUCAUACUAGAGAGAAGCCCUAUAAAUGUAAUGAAUGUGGGCAGGCCUUCAGUCACACCUCUUCCCUUGUUAAACAUCAAAGAAUUCAUACUGGUGAAAAACCCUACGAAUGUAACGAAUGUGGGAAAGCCUUUAGUCGAAGAACACAUCUUACUCAACAUCAGACAAUUCAUACCGGGGAGAAACCCCAUGAAUGUAAUGAAUGUGGAAAAGCCUUCAGUCACAUAUUGUUCCUUACAAAACAUCGGAAAAUUCAUACUGAAGAGAAACCUUAUGAAUGUGAUGAAUGUGGGAAAGCCUUCAGUCAUACUUCAUCCCUUAUUAAGCAUCAGAGAACUCAUACUGGAGAGAAACCCUAUAAAUGCAAUGAAUGUGGGAAAGCCUUCAGUCACACAUCUUCUCUUAAUAAACAUCAAAGAACUCAUACUGGAGAAAAGCCCUAUGAAUGUAAUGAAUGUGGAAAGGCUUUCAGUCAGAGCUCAUCUCUUGCACUACACCAGAGUUGUCAUACUGGAGAGAGACCCUAUACAUGCAGUGAAUGUGGGAAAGCCUUCAGUCAUACCGCAUCUCUCAUUAAGCAUCAAAGAACUCAUACUGGAGAAAAACCCUAUGAAUGUAAUCAGUGUGGGAAAGCCUUCAGCCAGAGUUCAUCCCUUAUUAAACACCAGAGAACUCAUACUGGGGAGAAACCAUAUGGAUGUAAUGAAUGUGGAAAAGCCUUCAGCCAGAGUUCAUCCCUUUUUAAACAUCAGAGAACUCACAGAAUCAUAAAAUAUUAACAUUGGAAGAGGCCUCCUUGGUCGUGUAGUCUGCUUCCUUCAGGGUCACCCAGCUGAUAUAUGGCAGAGCUAAGACUAAAAGCUAGGUUCCCAACUCCCAAGCCUUUGCUCUUUCCAUUGUCUCACACUGCCUCUACCUUUUACUGUAUAAAAAUGUCAUGAAUUAAAAUAUAUGGUAAUAGCAACUCACAUUUAUAUAGCAUUAAAGGUUUGCAGAUUGUUUUCAUAAUAACCCUAUGAAGUAGGUAGUAAAGUAUUAUCCCCAUUUUAAGGAUAAAACAGACUCAGAGAGGCCAAGUGAUUUAUCCAAAGUCACACAGGUAAUGAGUAUUAGACCCAAAAUUUGAAUCCUGGUCCCUUAAUAUCCAAGUCCAGUGAACUUUCCAAUACCUGUGCUGCUUCAUGUAUGAGUUCCAUGUAUGUAAAAUAAUCUUUAGUGUCCUGGUCCCUUGUUGUGAUUGAGACCAAGGUGCCCCAAAGGAAAGGGAAUGGAUCAGAAGAUUCUGCCAAGAAUGUAGGGUGUGCUGACCUUGUGUCACAGACUCAUCAGAGCCACCUCUCUUUGAGGUUCUGUGUCCAACAGCAUGGCUUGGCAUAUAAAAUUUGUCAGAGGGGCAAUCACAGCACAAGGAAACCCAUAAAAUCAUCUGAGAGCACUUGCUCCACUUGUGUUUAUCUUAAGCAAGAUCCUGUUCACCUAUCUUUUGUUCAUUCCUUCCUAAUUCCAUCAGCCCUGCACUUGUGUAUGACUAGGACCAAUCUUCAGACACACAGUGAGUCAUUUCUCCUCUCAUGUGUGCUGGCUGCAGACAUUGUCAGCAUGCCGGAAAACCCCCUCAGCUUUUCUGCUUUCACAGACUACACUGAAGCCCUUCCUUGCUAGGCCAUCCUUAAAUCACUUUAAUCCUUACUACAUAUUGGGGAAUUCAGAAGGGGAGCAUUAUUAACAAUGGCUAUAGAACAACCUUGGGCAUAAUUUAUCCUUAUAUGUCAGUGACAUCCCACUGGAGAGUAGAUGUGAAAAUGAGGAAAAUAUCUCUUGUAUUUAAUCAUAGUUACUCCUCUGCUCAAAAACCUUUAAUGGUUUCCCAUUGGCCUUCAGAGAUAAAGUCUAACCUCGUCUUAUUAAUUUACUCCUAGCUUCAGCCCAUCUGGUUUGCUUAUUUCCCACUGAUUUACUUUUAUUGAGUUCUGUUACUCAGUACUAAUGCUAUGGAAUGUUUUUCCCAUCACUUCUACAAAAAUCAGCUCAAAUUCCACUUCUCUAAAAGACUUUCUUGACCUCCUCCUAAACUGAGUGACUUCCCUCUACUCUGAACUCUUAUAAAAAUUAUUGUAUGAAUUAUUUGGUAAUCAUGUACUUUCUUGUGGUGUCUUGUUGACUUGAACUGUUAUUUAAAUACUUAAAUGUUAUUUAAUUUUUUACACAUGAAGCUCCUUGAGAGCUGGGACUGUCUUAUGUGUCUUUGUAGCCCACAUAGCACUUAGCACAGUGCCUUGCACAUAAUAGGUGCUCAGUACAACUUUAUUGAUUUGGCAUCCAAACUUUAUGAAAAUAAAAUAACAUGGUUUGCACCCAUUUUCUUACUCUACUUAAAAA